UUGAAUUUUGUCCUAACGAUGGUAUAUUGGUAAAUACCGGAGACAUAAAUUCGCCUGUAUUUGAGAUCCUCUCUAAUAUUUUUGAACUGAUAAUUGAGAUCCUUUCAUUUCCACUCCACCACCACCAAAUCGCCGAUAAGAGCACCACCAAAUCGACCAUCAGCUACCCAACAAUGGAUGGACAUGAUUCAGAAGAUCCCAAGCAGAGCACUGCGGACAUGACUGUUUUUGUGCAAAAUCUUCUUCAGCAGAUGCAAUCAAGGUUUCAAACAAUGUCCGACUCCAUUGUUACAAAGAUUGAUGAGAUGGGAAAUCGCAUAAAUGAUUUGGAGCAAAGCAUAAAUGACCUCAGAUCAGAGAUGGGAGUGGAGGGCUCUCCAUCCCCUUUGGCCCAAUCUAAGCAACAGUCGGGUGAAGAGAAGCAAGAUGAAGGUUCAGCAUAGAUUAGUCUGUGACUGACUAGUUAAAUUUCAUGCAAACUUUUGUUUUUGCAAUUAUGGCUUGAGAUAUGAGAAGUUAAUGUUUGCCUGUGUGUCCUUUUCCCUAUUGGUACUUGUCACUUUAGAAUCCUGUAUGGUGGCAGCUUCUGCUGCUAUUGUAGAAAAUACUUGGUAAAUUGAAAUGAUAUAUGGUGAUUGACCUUUGUUCAGUCUUUUCAA